UUUAAUAUGAAAGGGCAACAGAGUUUUUAAUGGUCGAGUCUUCGCAGCUCGCUUUCUUCUCAAUGAAAUGCGACUAUCUUAGAUGAGAUCUGUGGCGUAGCUCUACGAUUCCUCUGCUCGAUCCGUCAUUGCGGCGUGCUCGUUUCGCCCAAACAGGAGAUAUUAUGGAGUGGACCUCCGACAGCUGCUAUUAGCGGUGUAUUGGGGAGAUGAAUGGUGUGCCAUCAUGGGUACUGAUUUUAGGAGUGACAGCAGGAGUCCUGAUUGGAAUCUUCCUAGCUAUAGGUGCUCUGCUUUGUAUCAGAUUCCAGAAGAAGCGUGCUCAGAUAAGGAUCACCAGCUCAAGGAGGGCAUCAACUGUCCCCAUGCGUGCCAAUGGAGUUGAUGCUUCUUCAAUACAAUCAGACUCUACCAUGGAUCAAGAGUCACCGAAGCACAAUGACUUUGAAGAAGAUCGUCCUUCCUUAUGGACUGAAGGAACCAAGAGGAAGCAUCUUGUGUCUGUUUCUGGAGUGCCCAAAUAUUCAUACAAGGAUUUGCAAAAGGGUACUAGUAACUUUAAAACAUUGAUUGGUCAGGGGGCAUUUGGUCCUGUUUACAAAGCACAGAUGCCCACUGGUGAGACACUUGCAGUUAAAAUGCUUGCUACUAACUCCAAGCAAGGCGAGAAGGAAUUUCAUACUGAGGUUCUACUUCUUGGGAGAUUGCACCACAGGAAUCUUGUCAAUUUGGUUGGAUAUUGUGCUGAAAAGGGCCAGCAUAUGUUGAUAUAUGCUUUUAUGGCUAAUGGUAGCCUAGCUUCUCACCUCUACAGUGCAGGCGAAAAGUAUCAAGUAUUGAGCUGGGAUUUGAGGGUUAAUAUAGCUCUAGAUGUCGCAAGAGGUUUAGAAUAUCUUCAUGAUGGUGCUGUUCCACCUGUAAUUCACCGUGACAUCAAGUCUGCAAACAUAUUGUUAGACCACUCCAUGAGAGCUAGGGUUGCAGACUUUGGGCUAUCAAGAGAAGAAAUGGUUAGCCAUCAGGCAUCUAACAUCAGAGGAACUCUAGGGUAUCUGGAUCCUGAGUAUGUAUCAUCAAGAUCGUUCACAAAGAAAAGUGAUGUUUUUAGCUUUGGGGUUUUGCUUUUCGAGUUGAUUGCCGCACGCAAUCCACAACAGGGCUUAAUGGAAUACGUUGAACUUGCCGCAAUGGAUGCUGAUGGAAAAGUUGGAUGGGAGGAAAUUGUAGAUCCCCGACUAGACGGUGUGUUCCACAUAGCAGAAGUCAAUGAUGUGGCAGCUCUUGCAUAUAAAUGCAUCAAUCGACUCUCCAGAAAACGACCAUCCAUGAGAGAUGCAGUCCAAGCGCUCUCUCAGAUCCUGAAAACAAGGCACAGAAAGCAUCAUACGAGGAGAUCAUUGCCCCUCACUGAAGAGGAAGACUCCGUCGACAUGGAAGCAUCAGAACAUCAGAGUAUUGUAUCUGAACACCAUAGAGACGAGUCGAUAGGCAGCGCAUCAGAUCUGCCAGAUGUUUGAUCUACUAAGAAUGUGUUUCAUUCCCUUCUUUGUUGAUCCAUUCAUUGAAUUCAUAGUUUUGAAAGAUAGGUGUGUUAGAUUUAAUAUAUGACAAAAAAUUGUAAUUCGAGGAGCCAUGACUUAUGGCUCAAUGUAUUAGUUUUUGCCAAUUCAAAGUGUAUAAUUUUGAUUGAAUGAAUUGCUGUUGUUGACUUA